ACGUUAGCCAAAGAAGUUAGCCAGGACGAAACGAGUCCGGGACAGUCUGAGGGGACCAUCAUGUAGUUUAAUACAUACUGUGUGUGACUUUAAAUACACAGACAUCCGUGUUUUCGCUUUUUGUUCUGUUAUCUUUUACUUUUUUACCAUCAAAACGACACCAUGUUCCUGCGCGGGUCUAAAAAGAGAAGGUCUAACCGCUCGCUGGAGGAAGAGGAUCCAGACAAAGGGCAGCCCUGUAUGCGCUGUGGAGACCAGUGCCCCGGUUUCCGUGUCCAUGGCUGGAGGAAGAUCUGUGUGCACUGCAAGUGUGUCCGAGAGGAGCAUGCAGUGCGCUCAGUGCCGGGCCAGCUGGAGAAGAUGAUGACAAAGCUGGUAUCAGACUUCCAGAGGCACUCCAUCUCUGAUGACGACUCAGGCUGUGCCUCCGAGGAGUACGCUUGGGUUCCACCUGGGAUCAAGCCUGAACAGGUGUAUCAGUAUUUUAGCUGCCUACCAGAGGACAGGGUGCCUUAUGUGAACAGUCCAGGAGAGAGACACCGAAUUAAACAGCUGCUGCACCAGCUUCCAGCUCAUGACAGCGAGCCACAGUACUGUAACUCUUUGGAUGAGGCAGAAAAGAAGGAGUUGCGUCUUUUCAGUCAGCAGAGGAAAAGGGAAAACCUCGGCAGAGGUGUUGUCAGACUCUUCCCAGUAACGAUGACAGGAGCCAUUUGCCAGCAGUGUGGCAGGCAGAUCUGUGGUGGAGAUAUAGCAGUGUUUGCCAGUCGGGCGGGACACGGCAGCUGCUGGCACCCUCAGUGUUUCCAGUGUGCCUCCUGUAGCGAGCUGCUAGUUGAUCUGAUCUACUUCUAUCAGGACGGACAGAUUUACUGCGGCCGGCAUCACGCUGAGAGGCUCAAACCCCGCUGCCAGGCCUGUGAUGAGAUUAUUCUGGCAGAUGAAUGUACAGAGGCAGAGGGAAGAUACUGGCACAUGAAGCACUUCUGUUGUUUUGAGUGUGAGGUUGCGUUGGGCGGUCAGCGCUACAUCAUGAGAGAGAGUCGUCCAUACUGCUGCUCCUGCUAUGAGUCCCUUUAUGCAGAGUACUGUGAUACCUGUGGAGAACACAUAGGUAUUGACCAGGGCCAGAUGACAUAUGAGGGUCAGCACUGGCACGCUGUGGAGUCCUGUUUCUGUUGCGCCCGUUGUCGACUUCCUCUACUGGGACGCCCUUUCCUCCCUCGGGGCGGACUCAUCUUCUGCUCCAGGUCAUGCUCGCUGGGGGAGGACCCCAAUAACUCAGACUCCUGUGACUCAGCAUUACAGAGCAGACCACCUCAGCACAGAAGGGGUGGGACCUCAGAGAAACAUCAGCAACAGUGUGGUUCCCCACUCAAGCCACCAGAGGGCAUCACUCCCCCCAUUACUCCUGCAAGAGACUGCCUUCACACUGCAAGGGAAAACAGAGGUGUCCACUGCACUGCUCCAGUUCAAAACGGAGCACCUUUAUCUCGAGGUCACCCUCAUCCAAGAGGAAACUACUCACCUCUUCCACACAUUCACCUAGGAAAUGGAUUAGGACCAUCAUGGCCUAGUGACGUCGCACAUUAUGGUUUACUCCCAGCGGACUGUGAUAAUCCUCCAGUCAGCGUUCUUGAGGAUGAGCAAAUGAUCAAUGGUGAUAUAGCACGGCCUAUCACUUCAAAGAAAGGAACUUCAACUGCUAAAGACUGUAGGACCUGGGUGGAUAAAACAAAUCAAGCUAUGAAAGGGUUUCCUCCUCAGAAAAACUCACAUGUGAACCACGUCAUUUCACCCGACACGUCUCCCCCCUCACCCAUCAACCUCCCUCCGCCUCUGCCCGUUAAGUCUCGUGACUUGAUGCCACAGGAUUCGCCCCCACCCAGACUCAGCCAUCCAGAGGACAGACCCCCUGAUUCUCCACCUCCCCUGUCUCGCAGUGGGACAGCGAGGGUCAGCUUCAGGGAACCGAUCAGCAGCAGCUACUCUGUCGAAGAGGACGAGGACGAACACGAGAAUGAGGAGGAGCCGGAAGAGGAUGAGGAAAAACAAGAGGAUGAUGAUGAGGUGGAGGGAGCAUUUGGAAGCAGGUUAAAUCUACAGAAAGGCAUCCCACCGCAGAUGGAUCUACUGGAUGGAUCCUCUUACCAUCAGCGUAAUCAACGUCGAGGGUAUAAUCGGUCCCGUAUCCCCUCGGACUCUUCUCUCCACUUGGGCUCAGAGAGGCGCUCGAGACGCUCACGACCCGACCGACCCCGGCUGGAAACCUUAGACUGGAGAGCAGAGAAAGAAAGCCGAGGCUCUGCCAACUACCCCUCGCUGAGCCUCCAGCCCGGCCACUGCAAACACGAAGACUCCUGCUCGACAUGCUCUUCAUCCUCAGACUCGGAGGAGGAGGGGUUCUUUCUGGGACAACGCAUACCUCUGCCGCCGCAACUCCAGAUGCAAAAACCUGAGGAUAAAGACAGAGACGCAGAAAGGGAGAGGGAGGCACAGAAAGAGUGGGGGCUGAGAGGCAGCUUUAGGCGAAGACGAGCCCACAGCCUUGGUGCAAAAGACAAAGAUAAAAACUGUGCUAUUUCCUAACCCGUAACCACCAGUGACAUUAAGGCCCAAUCCUAGCACUUGGCCCUACCCCUGCUUUUUGCAGACUCUGGCACAAGGUAUAAUGUCUCGUGUCCUUUCAGAAUCAGGGGGAGAGUUUUCAGAUGCAGAUGUAGAUGCAGACAAUAUUCCAAAUGCUUUGCAGACUAUAGCAGUUAUUGUGAUGUGUGCAAGGAAAGAAGCAGAUAACUUACAUAAAUAUAUUGCACAUAAUCAUACAAACAUUGCUGUAAUAUCUUACUCACAUGUACAAUAGUUGCAGAAUUAUACUUUUUUCAUGUACCACAAACUGUUUGAAGGGUUAAAAACAAUCCAGCAGCAAUUUUUUCUAAAUUUUUCUACAGUUCCCCAUCCAUGUGAUAUUAGUAUAUGGUAGACAUUUCCACUUUGCUCCACUUGUCAAUGUUUCUAGGCUGUAAACCUUUUUCACAACAGACAGUUUGACAUGUUACAGCAGGUAAAGCUUCCGAUGAUCCUAACAUUGAUGAUAGAUCUGUUACAUUAAAGUGCCCCAGAAAGCCUUGCCAGACAGCCAGCUUGCACAAACCAACAUGGAAUGCAGCCAUGGGUAAUUAUAGUAAUUACACCUGUUCAAUUUCAGCCACAAGUCAAAAUAUUGGCUCUGAAAAAGGUCUAUUGUCAAUAAUAACUUGUGUUGUUCUGUCCUGCAACUGAAGUCAGAUUUGUCUGUGUAAUAAUUGUUAAUGGUAGUAAACAAGGGCUUGGGAUUGGGCCUGGAAUACAGCAUGCAAGAGAAGAACAUAUAGCCCUUUAUCACUCCUGGGAAUUGACUUUGUGUCCAAACUAAGACACUGUUCAUCAAAGGGAAGCAUAUUAAACCUCAGAAAAGUCUGAUGCCAUCGACACUUCACUGUUUAACUGUGUAGAAAAUAACGUAGAGUGUGUGACUUACAUGUGUCAUAGCAGGUUUGUUUACGCAGAUCUGUCUGCAGUGUGUUGAGCUCAAACGAUCAUGCAGUGACAUGUACAGUAUCUGCUUUUCAACGCUACUGUCAUUUACAUAUGCAAACCUCCCAUGUAGAACCAGAAGCUGACAGCCCAGUUGUUUUCAAGCACAUUCCUCUAACAUGGCUUGUAAAAAGGAAUAAUCUUUGUAUUUUAAAUUCUGCUGUAAACGUUUUCUGCUUUCAUGUGCAAUUUUAUACAGCUGUAAUAUAUUACAGUUUAAAGAAAUGGCCAAAUAUUAUUUGAUCGUAUGUGACUCAAACACUUGUAGUUUUAUACGUUGACAACACAAAGUGGAACUUGUGUGAAUGUUACAGGGUUAAGUUUGUAAUCUGUGUUGUAUAGUACAAUACAAAAUGCAAAUGUCCAAUCAAAGUACAUUAUUUUUAUAUACAUGGUGUAGGUCGUUGUUCUUUGAAAUAUUAUUUGGGAUUAAAAAAAAAGAUUACUAUAAUAAUGUUUGUUUCUCUGAUUCUGUGAGACAAUUCUAUGGUGACAUUAAAUCUUCCUAAAUAG